AUGGAGGAGGGGAGCUUGCAGGAGGAAAGAGAUGGACAGGAGGAAGAUUGGGGGGAUGCUGAUGUGGCUGAUGGCGAUUGGCCGAAGCACCAAGUGGGAUUUGUUCAACGCAGGUACGCAUUGCAGAAGAACUUCGCACGGGGAGGAUUCGGAGAAGUGUGGCUGGCUGUGAGGAGGGAACCCUGUCACAGGCCCACCAGUGCCCAGCUGCCUGCACAUCCCCCACCUCCUGCUGCGAAAGCGGCUGUCAGUUUAGGUGAAAAAAGCAAGUAUGAGUCAUCGGGUCGGGACAGUGUUGCUGUUGAGAGGCCUGUGGUUGAGAGGGGAGAGGAGGCAGGAGAGCUUAUGAGGGAAGAUGAGGGAUUGCGGUAUUCAGAGUGGCAGGAGCAGGUCGAGGGCGAGGAGGAGGAGGAGAAGGAGAGGGUAAGGGGAGAGGUGAAAGAGGAAGGGGGAGAAGUGAAAGAGGGAGGGGAGGAGGAGAAGAAAGAGGAACAGGAGGAGGAAGGAAAAAGGGAGGUGGGAGAGGAGGAAGAGGAGGAGGAGGAAGAGGAGGAGGAAGUGGAAGGGGUGGGAGAGGAGGAAGAGGAGGAGGAAGUGGAAGGGGUGGGGGAGGAGGAAGAGGAGGAGAACGAGGAAGAAGAGGUGGAUGCCGCGCCACUGUUUGUCCUCAAACGACUACUGGCGGGGGAGGGCGCUCGACUGAGUGGGCUGCGGGAGAAGUACUUUGGAGAGAUGCUCCUCAACGCGACCAAUCUAGUGCUGCCACGUGGCGCCCGUCGGCAUGGAAGAGGCAAAAGGAGGGAUGGUGCUGCCAUUCGUGGCUCUGAAGUCCUUACAGGCAACUUGGAUGGUGAUGUGGAUGCUGACGUGGGCAAUGACAUGGACAGCAACGUGGUGGAUGACGUGGACGAUGAGCUGGUGGACGAUGAGCUGGUGGACGCAAUGGGUCUGCAUCACAUCGCACGCUAUGUGGAGUCAUUUGAAACCACCAGCGGUGGUGGCGGCGGCGGGAGUAGCAGUAGCAGCGAUACCCCCACUGCCACCAGUGUUGAUGCUGAUGCUGACGCUGAUGUCAGCACAGGUGGCAAUGAAGGGCAGAGAGAGGAGGCGAGCAAGGAGCAGGGGAAGGAUUUGUGGCUUGUGUUUGUGCACGAGGGGGUGUCUCUCUCCUCCCUGCUGUAUACGAGUGAUGCUGAUGAUGGGGGGGGAGGCGAAGACGGGGAGGAGAAGGAGAACUCUGCACCAGGAGGGCAAGAAUGGGAGGGAACGGAACAAGAGAAGGGAGAGAAAGGAGAUGGGGGGAAUGAGAAGAGCGGACAGCAUCAGGCGAGUGGGGAGCAUGCAAGCGGGCAGCAGCAGCAGCAGGCAAGUAUCGGGCAGCACAGCAUCAUGCGGCCUUCAAGGUGGUGGCGGUGGCUGCGGUCCACUCAGGAGGGCGAGGAGACUGUCAGGAGCAUUUUAAGGCAGACGCUGCUGGGCCUUGCUGCUUUGCAAGCGCGCAACAUAACCCACAGGGAUAUCAAGCCAGAGAACAUUAUUCUCAAGCCUCAGACCAGAAGGACGAGCAGGGGGUCUAAGUCAACACCAGCCCAGGAAGCCAAGGGGAAGCAUGCUCAAAAGCGGGCAGAAAGGCGUGCAUCCUAUGUGCCUGCACCUGACUCCUCCUCCCCACCGUCAGCGGAAGUGGGAGAAUCGCCAGCAGCAGCAACAGAAGCAGAAGGAUCACCCUCGUCAGCCAAUGAGAGUGCAGCACGUGGCCCUGAUUCCAUGGAAAACCCGCUGCCGGAUUUCAACGCUGACAUGCACGUUCGUGUGCUAGACCUGGGUUCAGCUGCCGACCCUCACUCUGUUCGCUUCCUCUACGGCCCAACAGGGCCUUCCAGCGCAGAGGAAACAGAGCUGUACUCGCCGCCUGAAGUGCUGCUGCUGCCACAGAGCAUCCCCAGUGCUGGAGGUGCGGGGGAAGGUGCGGGUGCACCUGGAGAAGCAGGGACAGCAGCAGGGGGAGGUGCGACUGGGAAAGGCGCAUCUGGGGGAGGUGUUGACUGCACGCGGAACAGCUCCAGCAGCAGCUGCUUCCACGUCAGCAGCCGCAUGCACUACGGCUACGACAUGUGGAGUGUGGGAGUGCUAAUGCUGGAGCUUCUCUUUGGCUCGCCGCACGUCUGGUCUCUCCCCCCUCGCACCCAGGCACUACUGGAUCGCUCCCUGCAAGCCGCCCAAUGGCCCGAGUCCACCCGGCGAACUGCCUUCCUCUUGCGCGCGUGGAUGGAGCUCUGCAUCUUCACGCCUGCAGUGUUUGAAGCGGCGCCAAGCGAGGGGGCUUCUGCAGCAGUGGAGGAGGAAGGGCCAUCUGCAGCAGCGCAAGAGGAGGAACCGUUUGCAGCAGGGGAAAAGGAGGGGCCGUCUGUAGCACAAAAAAAGGAGGGGACGCCUGUAGCAGGAGAGGAUGAGGGGGGGUGCAGUGAAGCAAGCAUUGCUGCACAACUGAAGCUAAGGGACCCGCUCAAGAAAGGGCUCCCCAGUAUUUGGGCCCUGCGACUGCUGAGGCGACUGCUGCAAUGGUACCCUGGAGACCGGAUAACUGCACGCGAGGCUCUGCAGCAUGCGUACUUUCGAUCAGAAGCACCCCGAGGAUUCAAGUGUCCAACAUGUGGGCAAGAGUUUGAGUUUCGUUCGGACUGUCUACAGCAUCAUCGUUUGCACCAUUCACAAACAAAACCUGAUUAUUCUUCCCUCGACAGUGUGUGCGCCGCGUCUCUGAGCGGCACGACGAGCGUCGUCGUCGAUUCGCGAUUCGCUGAGGCGUUCGCCGCGUUCGCCGCUUCGGAGUCGCACUUCUACUACUGCGAUUCCUGCGGCGCCUCGAAGAAAAUCGACGGCCGAUCCCUCUUGUGCGAGCAGUUGGACGCGACCGACCACGUGCGCCGCUCCUCCGCCGCUGGCGCCUCCGCCGCCGCUGGUAGCGCGAACGCGAGCGAGCGUAGGGACAGUGCGAUCCGCGCGCUAGCGGAGUCCAUUCUCGUCGCGUGCCCCGCGCGCCACUCCUUCGCCUUUUCCUCUUCGGGAGCGGACGCCGCCGCUGACGGUUCCGCCGCCGCCGGUGCCGGCGCUGCUGAUGGGGCGUAUGGGGACAACCAUGGCGGCGCGCGUCGUUCGUCCAUGUCAUCGUUCUCCUUCCGCCCGCGCGGCUCUUCUUCCUCCUCCUCUGCCUCAGGCGGACGAAGCUCCGCGUCUUCCGCGCGUUCGCGCCGCUCCUCCGUGUCGUCGUUCGCCUUCCCCGCGCUCGCCUCUCUCCCCGCAUCCCCGCGACCGUCGGACAGCUCGCUGUUCACUAUCGCGGAAGCUCUUACCGAGUCACUGCCGGCCGUCCAAGACCCGGUCUCUCAGACCGCUGUGCCUGCGUCUCCUGCUGACGAGUCACUGCUGGGAGAAACGGACGGGUGUGAUCGGGCGUCGGCGGAGGCGAAAUCGGCGGCGGACGGCAGUUUGCCGCCUGAUCUGAGCGGGUUGAGCAACGGGGAGCUGCUAUUGGUCGCGGCGAGCCGCAUCGCGCUGCUCACCGAGUCGCUGAGCGAGUCGCGCACGAUCAACGAGGAGCUAAUGAAGGAGAAGGACGCGGCGCUGUCGCUCCUGAUGGACACGCAGCGCAAGCUGACGGAGGAGACGACGCGCGCCGUGCUUUCGAUGCCGCGUGUCAGCAGCUCGUGCGAUCUCGCCGGGCUGGGCGGUGACGGAGCUUCUGGUGGGCACGUCAGCUCGCCGCCGCCGUCGCCUGCUGCCACGUCGGCGGUUGCCACGUCAGCGACAGCAGGGUCAACGGGGUCAACGCUGACGGGGCAGAAGGGGAAGGUCUACUUGGACGACGACGACGACAUGGACUACGACGAAUCGGACGACGAAUGCGACGUCCCUCGCAAGCCCGUCGCGCCUGUCGCACGGGUCGCACCAGUCGCACGCGUCGCGCCAGUCGCAGCAGAAGCUCAGUCGGCGGGGAGCGAGGAGGCGGAGUAUGCGCGGUUUCUUGAGCAGAAGGUCGCGGAGCUGCAGGCGACGCUGUCGCAGGCGGAAGGCGCGCUGGAGUCCGCGCGCGCGGAACGCGAAGCUUUGGCGGAAGGCCAGGAGCGCGCGGUUUCCGCCGCAAUCGCGGACGCCGCGGCUUCCGCGGAGCGCGCGCGGGCGCGGGAGGUCGAGCUGAUGGUGGCGCUGCGGGAGGUAGAGGGGCAACUCGCGGCGGAGCGCAGGAGCCACGUGGCGGAGGUCGAUUCGCUGAAGGAAGAACUAGCCGCGGCGCGUCGGGAGAAGGAGGGGUAUGUAACGAGCUUGGAAGCCAUGGCUCGGGUGCUGGAGGCACAGCGGGAGGAGCGGGAUGUGAUUAUUACGAGGUUAGAAGCAGAGAAGGCGGAAAUGGUGGGUGAGCUGAUGGAUGUGAUUGUAGAGGCCGUGGCUGCAGUGGGCGCUGCGAGUGUAGCUGGUAACCCGGUUACUGCAGCUGCGACGGAUGGCUGGAAGGAUAGCGCUCCUGUGAUGGAGGUCCGUCGCGCUGAGCUGUUGGGAUCUGCUGCUGCGCUGGAACCAGUUCUGGCUGACGUGGCAACGGUGAACGAGGCGUCUGCUGACGUGGCAUCCAUUGCUGCAGUUGCGGCGGUUGGUGACGUGACGGAUAGGGAAAUUGCGGCAGCUGAGGGUGGUGAGGAGGGAGAGGGUUUCGCAUGGCAAGCGUUUCGAGCUCUUAUUGAUGGUGGUGCUAUGCCUGGUGACUAUAACGAGACUGGUGGGGUGGAGAUGAGGAGUGACAGGACGGCAGCUGCUGGGGACUCAAUGGGAGGUGAUAUUGUGACAGGUGACUCUAUUGAAGGUGAUGCUAGUGAGGUGGAUGUGAUGCAGAGGAGACGAAGGAUGUCGGCCGGGAGGAGGCGGUGGUGGGACCGGGGGGUGAUGGAGCGCGUGAGAGCAUGGGAGUGGCGUGGGGGGAGGCAGAGGGGAGCUGUGACGGAGGGUGGGAGAGCAGAGGAGGGAGCAGGUGAGAGACCAGUGGAGGAGAUGCAGGUGGAGCCAAGGGAGGGGGAGCAGAGGGAGGAGGAGCAGAGGCAAGUGCAAGAGAGGAGGGAGUGGGAUACUGUGGUGGAAGAGCGUGGAGAGAGGGAGCAGGGAAUGUGGGAGGUGGGUGAGCUUGCUGCAAGGGGGAAUUACAGAAGGGGUGCAGAUGUGGGAGGAGCAAGUGGUUCUCUUGGGGAUGAGGCGUGGAGUGAGCAUGCGAUUGGGGGAGGAGUGGUGGAGAGGGGGGAAGUGAGUGAGAGGGGGAGAUUGAUGAGGAUGCUUGGUGAUGACAAGGAGAAUGUGGAGCCUGCAAUGGGAUUUGGGGUCUAG